AUGCCAAAGAAUAAGAAAACAGAAUGGCAAGUGGGAGAUCCUGCAAUAAGCGUAGUGAGUGAUCAGUUCUGUAAUCCAUACCCUAUGGAUCUAAUGGUGAAGAGGAAAGUUCAGAAUUUCUCAAAAGACUAUUACCAAGUGUUUGAUCCAAGUGGGAAUCUACUCCUGCAAAUAGAUGGACAAGCUUUUGGGUUUAACCGUAAGAGGGUUAUGCGUGAUCCUGCUGGUUUCACAAUCCUCACAAUGCGCCAAAAGGGGAUUACGUUGAAGAACAAAUGGGAGGUGCAUGGAGGAGAGAGCAAAGAGAAAGAAGACUUGUUGUUCACGGCACAGCAAUCUUUAGCGGUGUCUUUGAAAACAUCUUUGGAUGUUUUCUUGGCUGAGAAUAAUAAUGUCAAGAAAAGCAGUACUUGUGAUUUUCAUGCUUCGGGUGGAUACUCAAAUAUAUCAUUCGAAGUUUUCAAAUCGGAUGCUCUCAUUGCAGGGGUGACACAUAAGUUUACAUGGGGAAGUUUCUGCAAAGGGAAAUAUAAUUUCAGGGUGAGAGUGAAUCCAGAGGUGGAUUAUGCUUUUAUCAUUGCUUUGCUUGUUAUGGUUGAUGACAAUGAGAAUUGGUGUUAG